GGGUUGCAUAGCUGCAGGGGCAGAUUACUCAUUGCUCGUUUUGUUUGUACUGUGGUCGACAAAAAAUUUUCUCAUCGAUCAAAAUUUUUCGUCCUCAUGGUGAUUUGAACACAAACAAUGCUUAGUUCGUCCAGACAAAUCAAUCAGACAAGGACUACCUAAUAAUUUACAAAAAUCUUCUGCUGGGAUUCCUUGUGGUGUCCGCCGUAUUUGGCGCCCUAUCGUUUUUCAUUUUACACUGCAUUGAACCGAUUAGAAUAAAGCCCAUAAGAGAUCAUGAAUAACUUAACAAAACUUCCAUUCAAACAUAUAAAAGCAAUCACCAAAAACUUAAAAAGAAACAUGAACCUUUCAUCCCAUUUAAACAAACUCAUUACAAUAAAAAACAAUGAUGAUUUCCUACUGAAAGUUAUGAACUCUGAGAAACCUGUGAUAGUUAAUUUCCAUGCUGAAUGGUGUGAACCGUGUCACAUUCUUACCCCUAAGAUGCAGGAACUGAUUGAACCAAUGGAAAAUGUGGAUUUAGCUGUGGUGAAUGUUGAAAAUAAUCCAGAGUUAGUGCACACUUUUGAAGUGAAAGCAGUACCAGCUGUUAUUGCUGUCAGAGAUGGUUUGGUGGUGGACAAAUUCAUUGGGUUAGUAGAUGCAAAUAUGAUUGAAAGUUUAAUUGAUAAACUGGAUAAACCCCUUACAUGAAUAAUGUAUGGUUAAUGGUUGUUGAUUUUGUUAAAUAGAAUGUUACUAUACUAAAUUAAUAUAUAUAUAUAUAUAUAUA